AUGACGGAACCAAAAUCCCCAUUGGAGACAAAAGAUACGAAGGUGGAGCCGACUAACGUCAGAGAAAUUGAUUUGAAUGAUGGACUCGGAUUCACUUUGGACGAAUCAAUCCUUUAUUCCCGACUCAAAUCAAUUGGAAAAGUUAUCAUGAAAUUGAUUGUUCUGACGAUUUGUGUCUCUGCUUGCUGCGCUCUUUUCUUUUAUGAAGCAGUUACAGUUUCCCUUACUACUCCUAUUCUAACAUUGGAAGAAAUGAAGCAACUUGAGGAUGAAGAAGCAAGAAUGCAUUUGAAAUGUUUCAUUCUUCUUCUUUGGUCAUUUGCUGUCUAUACCCUGAUUACAGAAAUGAUGACAAUCAUGUUGUUAAACGAUAAAAUUCGAAUUCUAGAAUCAAUGAGACAUCGGACAAAAAUGGAAGCAAUUCUCUCGUUAAUUCGUCAAAAAUCGUAUUACGAUGCAGACGCUGUCGAGUUUAUUCUCGAGAAUGCAGCAUCAUACAAAACGGACGCAGUUAGUGAUGAGAUGGAAGUGAAAGAUAUGGUUUAUCAUAGAGUACAUGGAUUGAAUCCUCAUCGAUCAUUCUAUUAUCCAGAUCAUUAA